AUAGCCCGGGUCCUGGCCGGGUUUCUCUGGGCGGUGGGCCCCCCCCUUUUCCCCCUGGGCGGCAGCGGCGGGUGGAAACUCUCCCCCCCCCCCGCCUGUGACGAGCAUUCUCUCCCCCCCCCUCUUGAGUAGGAGAUUGCUGUAGGUUGGGGAGGGCUACACGGUGGGGCAUUGGUGGGCCUGUUCCUAGCUUCCAAGCCAGGCCUGUUCCCAGCGAAAUUGUUGUGGGUGCUGGGGCAUCGCCUCACAGAGGGAUUCCCUCCUUUGGGCCCAGGGGAUUGGUUUGGGUCGUAUUUGUGGGAAUUUCGCGUACUUUGCUAGAAUUAAAAGCAGGUACUUCUGUUUAUUGCAAUGGGCCCAAAGAAGGCCAAGGCUAAGACGGGUGGGAAGCGGGUUUGUCCCCCCCCCCCACGCCCUGCGCCGGUUUCAGACUCAUCAGAUGAUGAUGGGGACUUGGGUACUGUGCGGGCCCUUAUAGCGCGAUUGGAAGCGCUUGAAAAGGAGAAGCAGGGCUUGGCAGCAGCGGCUGAUAGGGGUGGUCCUUCUGGCCUUCCCUCUGGUUCUCGAAGGGUUACCAGGGGGGUUAAACGUGCCAAGCUAAUCGAGUCUCUAUCGUCCAGGAUUGAUGCAUUGGAGUCCCAACAGCCACGCCCUGUUCUGCCUGCGGUGGAUCUAACUUUGGAGAAAGAUAGUGUGCAGAGCGUUCCUGAGUCUGGAGGAAGAGAUGCGCGUUCUUCAGAUCAGCAUGGCCCGGGUUCAGCGCUUUCACCAGUUGGCGCCAGAGGCGGAGCGCCUCCCCGACCAGAUGCUGACAUGGCUGUGGAGCCUUGGCGCCUAGAAGCGCAGAGGGCGGUUUGGGCCUCUCUGGCCCCCAGCACACGGGCAGCUUACACUAGGCAGUGCAGGGCCUUCCAGGAUUUUAGGACCCAGGUAGGAUUGUGCCAGGACUGGCCUCCCCCCGUGGAACAGUUAAUGCAAUUUUUAGUCCAUCUCAAGGGUAAGAGCUUGUCCACUGGGGCUAUGGCGGGUUAUUUGGCAGCCCUAGCUUUUCAGUCAAAAUCCCAAGGAAUGGCUGAUACCACUGGGGAUUUCAGGGUGAGGAGGAUGUUGGAGGGUUGGACUAGGGAACACCCGGUCGCGGUUGACAUCCGCAGGCCCCUGCUUCCCACUGCCAUACGGGGUGCGGUGGUGCAUUUCUCGGGAAUUUGCCGGUCAUCUUAUGAGGCCUCCCUCUUUCGGGCGGCCACGUUAGUUUUGUUCUUUGGGGCCUUUCGAGCAGGUGAAUUGCUCCCCAGGAGUCAGCACAGCCCUGUUUUCAAAGUGGUUCAGUUCGGGGACGUUAGUAUGGGGCGGGAUGUGGCGCAGCUGCGCCUUCGGUUUUCUAAGACUGACCAACGCGGCAGGGGACAGUUAGUGUCAUUACAUAUGGCUGACGACGCUCUCCUUUGCCCGGUACGGGCUCUGGGCAGCUACAUGGCCCUGCGAGGCUCUUCCCCCGGAUGCCUAUUUGUACAUGAGGGUGGGCUCCCCCUUUCUCAGUAUCAGUUUUGGACGGUGGCGCGGCGAGCGCUUGGAGCAGCUGGGGUUGACACUGCGCAGCUGUCUCUCCACUCUUUUCGCAUUGGCGCUGCUUCCACGGCCUCCUGGCUGGGUCUUUCGGGCGAGACCAUCCAGCGCAUCGGGCGUUGGCGGUCUGCCACCUACAAGAGGUAUGUGCGCUAGUGUUGUGACGGCGCUGACGGUUCUUUCUUUUUGCAGGCCCUGCACGUCGGGCGGCGAGGGUUUGGGUGCUCAUUUGGGGCCAUUCCAUUGUUUUCUGGGCACACAGGACGGCUCGAGUGGCACGGCCGGGAACACAGCUUGGCCUGGGUCGAUGGGCGGACAUCACCUGGAUUGGUCGCAGGGGGAUGGUCAUCGCCCAAUUGCUACCCAUGUUGCGGGAAUUUCUGGCGGCGAAUCCGCCGCCUGACAUAUUGAUUCUUCAUAUUGGAGAAAAUGAUUUAGGGUUUAGGUCAGGGUUGUCCAUUUUCCACUGCUUGCGUAAAGACUUUCUCCAAAUUCUCGAAUGGUGCCCUGGCAUUGUCAUUCUUUGGUCCGCCAUGCUCCAGCGCAGAGUUUGGAGAGGCGCGAGCAACCCUUAUGGGGUGGAAAGGGCCAGGCGGAAGGUCAAUGCACAGAUUUCGAGCUUCUUAGUGUCCAUCGGGGGGGGGACUAUUGACCAUCCCACUAUCCUCUUUUCGGUACCCAGCUUGUUUAGGGGGGAUGGUAUCCAUCUUUCGCCCAGCGGGACCGGUUUGUUUUUGAGUGAUCUGGAGCAGGGAUUGGCUGUUUACUUGCGCACUUGGUGGGGUAGCUCGGGUUAAGCUAGGCUAACCCGCGCAGUGGCAGGUGCAGUGCGGUGGGGAAGACAUUUCAGGCUGGUGAACACCUUCGGGUAAGCGUUUGGCUAUGGGUUGAGAAGGGCAACUCCCUAGAGACUGCACGGCUCAGGGAUAUCUGCCCUUGUUGACCUACCCUGGCAGGCUAAGCCGUAAGGAAUCGCUGAACGGCUACCUUGGGGUGAUGUUUGUCAGGGGCCCAGCAGUAGGUCGGCUAGGAUAGGCAACCGCGGAUUUUGAGUGUUUGGGGUUGCCUGGAGCCAAGGUGUAUCGCCCAUGUCAUAGGUUAGGUAUGCCCUGGUGGUGCAUGCCUGUAGUACCGCACUGCCAAGUGGGAAGCCAUCCCUGCUCUUUAAGUUCUUGCUAAAGUUAAAUAAAUUGUGGCCCGAUUUACACCAAAACCUUGUGUCUCGUGUCUUCUUGGGUGUCGGGCAAUUACGCUGUUUGCCGCUUGACUAAGCGGCACAGCGCUCUUGCCUGCCCCCUCUAGAAGCACGAGGCUUCUUUUGACCUGAUUGGUCAAAGGGCCCGUGCAGGGGGCGGGGCUACAGCUCUGCGUCCUGCUCCGAGGCCAAGAGAGCUCAGUUAGCUCUCAACAGGCACCCACCCUCCCUUCCCUUAGUACAGUCUGGGUUUUUUGCUGGUCGCCAUUUGGGGCCGAGCAGGAAUUUUUUGGGCGUUCGCUUGAUUGGCUGGUAGUGUGCGCCUUUUUUCGCCUGCUCCUGACUGUACUGCCCACCCCUAGUUAGGCAGUUACUUUCGGUCACAAUUUGGCAGGUGCAGUGCGGUGGGGAAGACAUUUCAGGCUGGUGAACACCUUCGGGUAAGCGUUUGGCUAUGGGUUGAGAAGGGCAACUCUGCACGGCUAAGGGAUAUCCCUGAGACUGCACGGCUCAGGGAUAUCUGCCCUUGUUGACCUACCCUGGCAGGCUAAGCCGUAAGGAAUCGCUGAACGGCUACCUUGGGGUGAUGUUUGUCAGGGGCCCAGCAGUAGGUCGGCUAGGAUAGGCAACCCCAGAUUUUGAGUGUUUGGGGUUACCUGGAGCCAAGGUGUAUCGCCCAUGUCAUAGGUUAGGUAUGCCCUGGUGGUGCAUGCCUGUAGUACCGCACUGCCAAGUGGGAAGCCAUCCCUGCUCUUUAAGUUCUUGCUAAAGUUAAAUAAAUUGUGGCCCGAUUUACACCAAAACCUUGUGUCUCGUGUCUUCUUGGGUGUCGGGCAAUGCCUGAAUGCCUACUGUAACACUGUGUUCUGUGUAGAAUGAGCAACCUGAUUCUCAAAUAAUUUAUUGCAUUUCCAAUGCAGCAAAUAUCCUCUGUAGCAGGGGGUGUAGCUAUAAUUGAGCAGAUGGGUUCAAAGAACCUGGGGCCCCAGUUCCUGAGAGCCUCCCCAGCAAAACACUUCCAUAUUUUCUUCAUUAUCUCCCUCACUCCUAGGGGCCACCAGGGAGAGGGGUGAACACCCCCACCCCCGAGCUACACCCCUGCUCUGUAGUAUGACAACAUACAAUUGCUGACUAAUCUUAAAAGGUAGCUAUCAGGUCAUUUUGAACACAUCCAAAUUGCACAGGCUCAGAAGCAACAACAAGAUCAGUUCAACCCAAGAUGCCCAAAGUCAUAUCAGGGGGUUCUUCUAGGACUGAACACCUACUCUAAAUGUAGUUACUUGGUUUAUCCUUUGAGAGAACUGCAAUAAUAUCUUUGUCUACAUCUUAUAUCCAGGUUCAGAAUCAGCAGGCCUCUGAGUACCAGUUGCUGAGAAACGACAGUGAAAAAGCACUAUUUGCCUACAUGUUCUGCAAGGUUUCCUGGCGGGAAACAAGAGGCCAGUAUGGACAAUAAAGAUUAUAAGAAAAGUCCGUCUGGAUCAGAUCAAAGCAGACACCAACUUAGAAAAUGAAGAAUGAUCUUCACACAAGAGCUCUUGAGUGACAGUAGUACAGUGACAUCAUUAUACCUAUUUCUAAAAGCAAAGUCCUUGAUGGAAAAAAGGGAAAGCAAAAGAUUAAUUCAACAAGAGCUGAAAGGAAAAUCAGGUGAAAGAAACGUGAUCUAUCAUACUUUCAGACUUCUUUCUAACAUGUCUAUUUCUAUUUCCUAUGCAAAAAUAACAUUCUAGUGCUGAUUUAUUAAUGGAAUGUGCUAACGUCAGGUUAUUUAUAAUUUAGACUAUAAAUGGCGUUCAUGAACUAAAGCAAACGAGCAGCUCUUUGACACUAAUCCCAAAGCUAGUGUGAAAUGUACUUUUCAAACUGCUCCUGUUUCUCCAAAAAUUAUGCACUGUGAGCAUGUGGUUCUAUUUCUGUUUGUUUCUUUACAUUACAAAACACCAGUAAAAAGGUGUAAUAUUAAAAGGAUAUCACCAAAGCACAGGAGUAAAUAAAAGGUUAAGUGCUUUAUUCUUGUUAGCUAGAACUAAAGGUGGGGCAGGGAAAAUGGGCACAUAAUUUAUUUCCCAGGGGGAAACAAACCUUCAUGUAUAUUUUAGUUUUUUCAAUGCUGCUAUUUAAAAAUAUAUAUUUUCAAAAUCUUUGUCCAUUUCUAUUGAAAGCUAUAUCUACAAUCAACCUAAUCAAAAUGGUGUAUUGAGAUUUAAUCUGAGAACUUAAUUUUGUCUUGGACCCUUUUAUAGUAAUGAUCACACAAAAACAUCCACCACGGCCAGUUUAGCAAACCAAAUCCCAGUGGCUGUAUCAACACAUCCAAUCUUCCCCCAAAAAAGGCCAUUAGAAAACUUUAGCCAAGUCACACUGAGACACUAGACAAAGAAGCAGUCUUAUCAGAAUACUGUUAAAACUGAAAGAAUUAAAGCCAUAACAAAGUGGCAUUUUUUAGUAUGAGAACAGUCUUUCAACUAUAAUUUCAGAACAAGAUUAGAAAAUAGAAUAUACAAUAUAAAACAAAUUUUGGUGGUAGUUUUGAUUAUGGGUUGCCAUUAGGUAUCAUUUCAAAGAAUCAAUGAUAAAGUAAUUGGCUAACUAAACAUGUAUACAAAUAUAUUUUACAGUAAAAGGUAAAUACAAACUAUAGAUCCAAACUGUGUCAAAGAAGAAAGCAUAAGGUGCCUAUUCAAAAAGGGAAAGUUUGUAGCUAGGGGGUGUGCACAAAUGGUGUUGCUGAACCGGUUCACCUCGAAUCAGGACAGUUCAGAGGUUCGAUCAUGAACCGCACCGGGGGUGCUUCAGUUUGCGAUCAAACCGAACAAGGCCCAGUUUUGGCGAACUGGUUUAGCAAGGAACGAG